AUGGCUCUGUGUGCUGUCAGCUGUCAGACAGCCGCUUUCAACGCAGUCUUCGACGACACUUUGCUUGGAGACUUUGGCUUACCGGACAGCCAUCAAUACUUUUCAGAGGCUGUCUCCAGGAUACCACAACACUUUACACAGUCGCAGGACCUAGACUAUCUGCGAGCUUUCGGCCUCUUAGCAGUCUAUUCUCUUCAACGAAGUGAGACCAAUGAUCUUCAUCGUUACCUUGGCCUGUACCAUGCGCUGGUCGCUCAACAUGGCUUCCAUGACGAAGCGAAGUGGCCUACAGAUAUUUCACUCCCCGAAAUUGACGACCGGCGUCGACUCUUUUGGUGCAUGUACCGUUUGGAGGUGCAUAGCGCAACUGUGUUUGGCCACGUCGUGCGUCUGCCCGAGUCACAGAUAACGGUCCUCUAUCCUCGCAUUAUCCCUUCUAUGGAUCCUGAAGCACAGGCAUGGACCGCGGGAUGGGACUAUAUCACAGAUCUCUUUCGCCUACUGGAGUACGCCCUGUUCAGUCUUCGAGCAUGCAAGAACCGGAAAGCAGUAUUGGCCGUCCUCUGUGAUCGGCCUUCGCCAACCACACUUUUCGAUAGCCUCACCAGGCUCAAGGCCAGCAAGCCACAUCGAAUCUUCGGUACAGCCGAAGGUGAGGGCGGGUUCGAGAGCAACCGAUGCAGAUACAUGGGUAUUCAGAUAUCAUGUACCGAAACACUGGUAACAAUCUUGAGUUUCUUGUACAGCCAGGCUCCAGCCCGCGAUGUAAUGGAACUUGCCGAGAAUUUCCUCGAAGAAUUAAGUCAAGCACCCUUGAUCAUGUUCAAAGUUGCCAGUGGCCAGAUUGUGCACCAGCUGCUUGGAGUCGGGCAUAUGAUCUGCAACGCUUCUCACUACGAUAAUGGCCAGUACCGUCCAGAAGCAAGACGUUUAAUCACAUUCAUUGGAGAUCUAGUUCAAAAUCUUGAGCAUGAUAUUCCUUCUGCCGCGGCCGCGGCCGAACGAUUACUCAAAUUGGCAGAAACAGCCGCUUGA